AGUUCUAUCGGCACAGCAGUCAGUAUUCAGGUACACUUCAGGAUACAUCCUCCCUGGUAACAAACCUCACUCACAUUGCGUGUUCUCAGCACCCAAGCAGUUACAAACACAUUAUCACAGGCAGCAGCAAAAGUCACUAUGGUAAGGUUCAACAGCACCGACCUCAAGAAUCCAAUUGGCGCAUCUGCCUCUGGGGCUGCUCUAGCACUCGACCUUGUGGGAUUCCUCGUUUUCACAAGUAGUUUCAUUACCAUUGGCAGAAAGAAGAGGAACACCCAUGACUAUACUGACAACCAGGAGAGUUUCCUUCAGCAAAUGCUUUUCACGGUACUGACUGAUCUUGAUGAUUCUGGAUGUGCUGCUCUGGCCCUCUGCCAUGCCUCUAGCCUGCCCCCUGAACAAAGGAAUCCUGACCACACUGCCAUCAUUGCCACUCUCAGUCCCCACCCUGGCUCUCCCGUCUCCUGGACUGACUUCCACACUCCUGAUGCCAAGUACCAAUAUGCUGCCUUUAUUGGACUGUGGGCAGGACUCACUGCAAACCAAAACCAGUGUAGUCAUGUCUUCCCCUCCUGUCCUCUUCCACCUGCUGAAAUCACAAAAAUCCUGGCCAAUAAGCAGGUGCCAUGUGGUAAUGGCUCCAAGACACAUAAUAUCAUUGACCAGUAGGUAUUUUAGUUUCAAAUUUAGCAAAAACUAUGGUUCAGAACCUAGGAUGGAUAUUGAUGUUGUACUGUAUAUAAAAUAUACAAAACAUGUAAAUAAAUAUAACAUAAUUCUUCCUCACCAUGUAACUUUGAGGUAAUGUCAGAACAAUGUGUGUACUGUACUUGUGUCAUUUUGCAUGAAGAAGAAAUAUGUAAAAUUUCCUGGAGACAAAAUAAAAUAUAAAAUACUGUA